AUGCCUCGCUCGCUUUUCCUCCGUUUCCUUUUGAUUCUCUCAUUUCUCCUCAUCGCCACCAAUUCAGCUCUUUUCUUCGGCAGUCACAAUCCCGUCUACAAUUACCGACCACCAAAGAGAUCUCCGUUCUCCUAUUUGGCGCCACGAGAGUGGCGAGAAAUCGGCGGAUUCGAGGGAAAUGAUGGAGAAGAAAUGAAA